UCUUUUUCUUUUGGGAGAUGAGACACUCUCUAAAGUGUAAAGAUCACAUUUUUAUCACUGCAUUUCCAUCUGUCGCCUUCUUUUUUUGCUCUUACAAGUUUCUUCUCUUCUCAUGACCAACAUUUCUCUCUCUCCCCCAAAUUUUGGGUGGUCUUCUUGGAAAAGAAUCUAUAUAUAGAUGGAGGAAGGUGAGGAUUCAAGAAAAUGGGAUGAAUUACUACCUGAUGCAUUAGGCCUAAUAUUCAAGAAUCUUUCACUAUAUGAGGUUCUAACCGUUGUUCCAAGAGUUUGCAAAUCGUGGGGACGAGCAGCCACGGGGCCUUACUGUUGGCAAGAGAUCGACAUUGAGGAAUGGAGUCGAAACAGGAAGCCGGAGGUCGUGGAUGGAAUGCUCCGAUUGCUGAUAGCAAGAAGCUGUGGCUCUCUCCGAAAGCUCACCGUCUCUGGCCUCUCCUUGGACAAAACCCUCUUGUUCAUAGCAGAUCAUGGUCAAUCUCUGCGGAGUUUGAGACUGCCGAGAAGCGAAAUACACGACGCAGUAGUGGGGAAGGCUGCUGCAAUGAUGUGUGGUCUCACAUUUGUGGAUUUGAGCUACUGCAUUAGUGUUGGAGCUGAAGGUCUUGAGGCAUUAGGGAAGAACUGCAAGUCUCUGAGCAGCUUGAGGCGGAUAAUGCACCCAUUGGAGGUGAUCGAGAAGCUCUCCCAAGACGAUGAGGCCCUGGCUAUUGCUUCCACGAUGCCCAAGCUCAAGAAUCUCGAGAUUGCAUACUUGCUCGUGGACACAGCCAGUAUCGUCGAAAUUCUCAGCAACUGCAAGCACCUCGAGCUGCUGGACGUGCGCGGAUGCUGGAACGUGAAGCUGGACGAGAAGUUUGUGAAGAUGUUCCCCAAGUUGAAGGUGGUUGGGCCCCUCGUGGUAGACUGCUACGACAUGAACGGAUGGGACAACUGCUCGGACUACUCGGGCUCGUCCGGGUACCUGGCGUGGGACUUUGUGGCCGGCGAUGACGACAUUGAUGACGAUGACGAGGAGUAUGGUGACAUGCUUGAUGACCUGUGGGGGGAUGAGAACCUGAUGGACGAUGUCGAGAUGUGGUUCUACGACGACGUGCACGCGGUGGAUGCUGGCUACGAUUGGCCACAGUCGCCUUGAGUGAGGUGUGUAUGUGAAUGUGAUGGAGGUGUUUGUUGUGUGUGUGUGUGGUUGUGAUAAUACAAGUGAGGUUAUAAAUGUGUAAUGAAUUUGGGUUGUGUAUGAAUGGAUGGUAAUUGCAAGUUUCUAAUGCCUACAGCAUGAAUCAUUUGCAAAA